CAUAUCCACGCUUUUCUUUUGCGUCUGCAACUCUGCAAAGCAUAGAAUCACAGCCCACCUCCUUCUCCCACAAGCUAACCCAAAAUUUCCCCCCAACCCAGAAUAUAAAUGCCUACAGAAUCCCUUUCUUCAUUUCUCUCAAAACCCUUUUCAAUUUCCAUCCCAAAACCAACCCAGAUUAGUCCCAAAUUAGCAAGUGAUUAGCGAAAUUAUUAGCAUAAUUGAAAUGAAUUUAGCAAUGGUUCCAGCCGUGGAUAAGUCGGAAAUUGCGUUCUUCGAUGUGGAAACCAGCGUUCCAACUCGGCAGGGUCAAGGGUUUGCGAUUUUGGAAUUUGGGGCGAUUUUGGUUUGCCCCAAAAAGCUAAUUGAGCUGGAGAGUUACUCGACUCUUGUUAAACCCUCUGAUUUGUCCCUCAUUUCUAAUCUUUCUGUUCGGUGUAAUGGGAUUACUAGAGAUGCCGUGAUUUCGGCUCCAACUUUUGCUGAAAUAGCUGAUAAAGUCUACGGCAUUCUCCAUGGGAGGAUAUGGGCAGGGCACAAUAUACUAAGAUUUGAUUGUGCUCGGAUUAGAGAAGCUUUCGCCGAGAUCAAUAGGCCAGCUCCGGAGCCCAAGGGAACUAUUGAUUCACUGGCAUUGUUAACACAAAGAUUUGGAAGAAGAGCUGGUGACAUGAAGAUGGCCACUCUUGCGACCUAUUUUGGAAUUGGUCAGCAAACACAUAGGAGUUUAGAUGAUGUUCGGAUGAAUCUUGAGGUUCUCAAGUAUUGUGCUACUGUUUUAUUCUUGGAGUCCAGCCUUCCUGAUAUAUUCACAGAGAAUAGUUGGGUUUCUCCAAAUGCUACUACAAGAAGUCGCAGCAAUGGGAAGGCCUCUCCUGAAGCGAUAGGCUUGGACUCAAAUGAACCAUCAUCCAGCAGUAAAGUUGAAAAUCAUCUGAGAUCAACUCCUGCAAAUCACCUGGAGGAAGCUCAUCCAAUCUUAUCUCUUGUAACUCCCGUCACAAAUAUAGAUGUCCAGGAUAUAGUUGAUCCUAACUCCAAUGGGACAGACCCCUUUGACAUGGGCUUGUUGAGGAAUGAAAUGGAGAGAGAACCCCUUCAAGUAGAGGACAGCAUGGAAGAAGAAGAAUCUGGUUCAGCCUUACAAGAAUCUUCAACAACUUCAUCUGAGGGUUCUUGCGGUCUGAUUGAUUUCCUCGAGCCUGAUGAAAUUUCUAUACCUUCUGUGUCUGUCAUUCUUGCCCCCUUCUACCGUGGGACUCGGAAGAUACAAAUAUUGCAUAAAAGUAUAGCAUUACAUGUCUGUUGUAGGCAACUGAAAGUGCGCUUUGGAAUCAGUAAGAAAUUUUUUGAUCCUGCUGGUCGCCCCCGGUUGAGUUUUGUGGUGAAUGCAUCACCAAGCCUAUGCAGAAUUUUAGAUGAAAUUGACAAGCUUGCUCAAAGGCUGUCUGUGGAUUCUGGUAGCAGCUCCGAAUGGAGGCCUUCUGUGACUAGAAAGGCUGGCUUCUGGAACUUUCCUACUGUGCGACUGCACUUACCCACCAUAGCAGAUGGUGAUGUGGUUCGUUGGGCCACAGAGAUAUACCAAAAAGAAUCUUCGACCAUACAAAGGCUUGUGUUCAGUAAAUUUGACACUGAAGAACUAGAUCCCUUAUUUACACCUGGGAAUUUUGUGGAUGCAUACUUCUCCUUGGAUGCAUAUGACUACCAGCAGAAUGCUGGCAUCCGUCUAGUGGCAAAGAAGUUGAUUCUACACCCCAACUGACAGAUGAUGACUUGAGUCAAUACUAACUUGUAAUUAUCUGACUACUGAAAAGACAUGAUUCUGUUCACCAAAUUGUGGUAGAGGAUUCUUUAACUUUUAAUUGUUUUACCAUUGUUUUCAAAUUGUAAGAUGUUAUACUGCAAUCUUUGGCAGCUUUUUAAUUUCAAAUGAUGUCAGUUGGAUCUUAUUGUUUUCAAGUUGUAAGAUGUUAUAAUGCAAUCUUUGGCAGCUUUUGAUUUCGAAUGA